AUGGCCCCCUCUGCCUUCAAGUCGGCCCUCAACCACGUGCGAAUUGCUGUGACUGGCGGCGGCGACCCUCGCGAGCUCAAUGUGGUCGAAGCAAUUCAGUUGGCCUUGACCUGGAGGGUUGCCAGGCACGUGUAUGGGAUGGAGGACCUGGACCCUCUGUCAGACUUGGGUGGGACUGCAUCACCGACAGCGGCCACGACACCGGCUCAAGCUCAAUGCAGAGUUCCCAGAAACUUGGCAUUUGUGGAUGCAAACGGAAGAUCGUUGCAGGUCGGAAAUGUUCGAGGGCCACAGGCGGCAACUGGUCAAAGCUGCUGUCGAUGGCAAGCUACCUGUGGCCCUGCUUGA